UAGUUUGCUAAGUGACUCUAUUGGAAACGGACGGGAUUUGUGGUCUGGUGCUUAAUUCAAAAACAGAAUAUCUGUGUUGUUUACGGCUGUCGUCAAUUAAACGUUGAAAGAAAAAUAAAAUAAUAUAAAAUACAAAAAGAUGUGCAGCCGGAGUUGAGCGACUGAAGAAGAAACAUUUGUCUGUGGCGCACAUACUCGUUUGUACAUACAUACAUAUGUAUGUAUGUAUAUCUGUCAGUGUUUGUAUACGGCAAAAAAGGCAAACCAAUUAAAUCUGUAAUAAAAUGUAUUGAGCUAGCGGGAAAAGUAUCAGUUAUUAAGCCACAUUCAUAGCACUUGUGGUUACUUGUUGGACAACUUGGCUGGUGGACAGGAUUAUGAAGCAUCUGCUUCGUAACAAAAAAAUGUACAUACUGUACAAGCGUACAGUACAAGUAUGCACAUAUAAAAUACGCAUAUUACCUAUCGGUUAUCACCUUGCUUGUGGUAGAAAUGAAAAUACGAGCAACAAAAGCAACUAAGAAUACAACACGCUGAUAAUUUGCUUAUCAAAUGAAAACAAACACGAAAUGGCAGUGAUAACACCGUUAUCUGCUUAUACUAUAAAACAUGUUUAUCUACUUAUAUACGAACUUAAUUAUUGCACUACGAAGGGUUGUUACCACGAAGAGGAUGUUCCUUAAAUUUAGUAGUGAAAAAGCUUUCGCUUCAACGCUAAAUAUUGUGCGACAAAGAAAAAAAUUGAAUUCAUCCGUCGAAUAUAUUUUCGAGUAAAAAUAAAAAGUGAAGUGAUAAACGAAAAUACAACUUACUUAAAACCAUUUUGCAUAUAACAAAGUUAAUUGUGCAUACCUAAAAGUGAUUUACAAUAUAAAACUGAAUCAUAGUGCAAAGUACUUCACCUUUACUAUGAGGUGCAACAAAAGCAAAAUAAAUAAUUUCAAUUGAAAAUCUGCGCACAAAAGUCAAAAAUAUUCGAAAAUGGAUUACAAAUAUAUGUUAUUGUUACUCACACUCGGUGCUAUAGCUGCAUUCUCCGGAGCGCAACACGAAAAUAUACCCUACGAGGAUGUGAAUGACAUUUGUGAGACUUGUGUGUGUUUAACAGCACACGAUGGCGACAAGCGUUAUCACCACUUACUAAGCUGCACAUUGAAGAGAUUUAAGCAUAUAUUAUCACGUUGGCCAGAGGAAUUUGGCAAGAACCACAACAGUGUCGACAUUGUGGCCACUUUCUCGUACAACAACAUCGAACUGUUGCAACAACUGCCAGCCACAGAUGCCAAACUCACAUUUUCCUGCCGCCAUUGUGGUAUUAAGUACCUGCAAGAGCCCACCUUUAUUGAUGUACCCAACAUCAGACGAUUGGAUUUAAGUUGGAAUGAAAUAACUAGCGAUGUGCUAACACCUGGCGUAUUUCGUGGUCCCUAUCGUGUGGACCAUUACGAGCCCAUCGAUUUGGUGGACUUGGAUUUGAGUCACAAUAAAUUGCAUGCCUUGGAUAAAAAGCUGUUUGAGCACACACCAAAUUUGACGAAAUUAAAUUUAAGUUAUAACGAUUUUACGGUGUUUAAUGCACCGACCAUUGCGGCGCUGUCGUCGGUAACCAAUUUACAGGACCUCGAUUUGUCUUACACGGCCAUUAAAACUGUCUCAGCGUCAAUUUUCAAGUCUCUGCUGAAUUUGCGCAUUUUAAAUUUAUCUGGUAAUCAGUUGACUGCUGUGCCAGAUAAGCUGCAACUGGUUGGUAGCAGUUUAAUGGCGCUCAACUUAGCCGAAAAUCCCAUUGAACGCUUUACGGAGCAGAGUUUUAUGGGUCUCAAAUCACUACAGAGCCUCAAUAUUAGUGAUAUGCCUGCAUUGAAAGUAAUUGACAAAAGGGUAUUCACGCACUUGGAGACUCUGAGACGUUUGGAUUGCGCACACAAUCCGAAAUUGGUGGAAUUCGAUUUGGAGGGUCUUUCGCAUUGCAGUAAUCUGACAAAUCUUGAUAUUUCCUACUGUGCACUGACGACAAUUUUCGUUAUUGCGAAUGUCACAAACAAGUCGGAAACGGGCGAAACCACAAUGGCUAAACCUUGGCCGCAUUUGCAUACCUUCGAAACUGUUGGUAAUCCUUGGUACUGUAAUUGCACGCUUAUCCAAUCAAUGGAAUACAUUGGGCUACCACAGGGUAGUGCGGACAGUGCAGCACGUUGUGAUACACCUUAUUACUUCGCGGGCGAAUUAAUAUCCAAUUUGACCUCACAGCAAAUAUGUAGUUUGCGUAUACCUAAAAAAUUCAAGAUCGUCGAAGAGGAGCCACCACGUUUUCUACGUAAACGUUAUAUCAUUUUAUCCGUCAUAACGGCAGCCGUUGUGGUGUCGGUGGGUGUACUAAUUGGUUUUGCCAUAGCAGCUAUACGUCGAAGACUGAAACGUGAUGAUUUUGGUGUGGAGCCGAUACGGUAUACCAGUGUGCGCAGUAGUAAUUUAUCGGCAUUCUCGCACGGCAAUACCAAUUCGAUUGUGGUGAAUGGAAAUGGUGCGACUAAUGGCAAUUUAUGAGUAUUAUUAUAAUGUUUUUCUUUUCUUAUAAUAGUGUUAGUUUUGUAAAAUAAAAAAAAUUAAAAAAAAAAAUAUUUUUGAUGAACUUUUCCUACUGCGUAUUUACGUAAUAUAUAUGUAUAUAUUUAUGUACCUAUAGAAUAUAUUCUUAGUAAGCUUAAGUACUAAAACUAUAAUUUAUUGUUUAUAUUCACAAGAAUAUUUGUUUUUAUUUAUAAGAAAUGUUUCAUAAGAAUGUCCAACGCAUUAUCAGCUGCUUUUCGGACCAUCAGAAAACUUAGGUAGCGAUUUAUUUUACCAAAGAUGUUAUACAACAGACGUACGUAUGUAUGUAAAAAUAAACGAGAUCGGAAAAACUACAAUUUGAUCGUUUUGAAAAUAAUUAUGUAUGUAUUUAUUUUAUUAUUUAUAUUAGCGUUAUAUAUAUAGUAUUUUAAAUUAAAAGACGCUCAAGAGAAGUAUUGUAAUUGCCAUGUUUUUUUAUGAAUAUACGUAUUUAUGUGUGUACUUAAUAUUAAAACACUAGUUAUAAGAAAAUCAAAUUUGACUUUUUUUUAACAAUUUUUUUAACUUCAAAUGAAAUGUUGUAAACGUUCUAAUGUUAUUUACAAUUUGUUAGAAAAUUAAAUACAAUAAAUAAAUUUACCGAGUAAAAGAA